AUGUCAUCUCAAGUUUCAAUCGCCUAACUAGACAAGCAAAUAGCUUAGUUAUAUCAAUGCAAGCAUCUUUCUGAAGCAGAAAUUAAAAUUCUCUGUGAAAAAGCAAAGGAAAUUUUAGGUUAAGAGUCAAAUGUGCAACCCGUAAGAGCUCCAGUUACUAUUUGCGGUGAUAUUCACGGAUAGUUUAAUGAUCUUUUAGAACUCUUUAAGAUCGGUGGUAAGCCUCCUGAGACCAACUACUUGUUCACUGGUGAUUAUGUUGAUAGAGGUUAUAGCUCAGUCGAAAGUGUUAGCUUAUUAUUCGCAUUGAAAGUUAGAUUUCCUGAUAGAAUUACUCUUACCAGAGGUAACCACGAAAGUAGAACAACCACUUAAGUUUAUGGUUUUUAUGAUGAAUCAGUGCGUAAAUAUGGUAAUGCAAAUGUAUGGAAAUAUUUCACCGAAGUCUUUGAUUAUCUUCCAUUGACUGCCUUAGUAGAAGGAAAAAUUUUCUCAUUACACGGUGGUUUAUCUCCUUCUCUUGACACACUCGAUAAUAUUAGAUAAUUAGAUAGAGUUUAGGAAAUUCCUUAAGAAGGUCCUAUGUGUGAUCUUCUUUGGUCUGAUCCUGAUAAUAUUAGCGGUUGGAGACAUUCUCCAAGAGGUGCUGGUUUCAUUUUCGGCCAAGAAAUCUCAGAACAAUUUAACCACACAAACGACUUGACUAAAAUUGCCCGUGCACAUCAAUUGGCUAUGGAUGGUUAUUUAGAAACACAUGAUAAGAAUGUCGUUACAAUUUUCUCUGCUCCUAACUAUUGCUAUAGAUGUGGUAACUUAGCAGCCAUAAUGGAAGUAGAUGAACAUAUGAGAACUACAUUAUUAUAAUUCGAUUAAGCUCCCUAAUAAGAAAUUGAUACAAUCGAGAAAAAGAGAGUUCCCGAUUACUUCUUAUGA